AUGUCUGAAAAGAAAUCCGAUCACCACACCCACAACGAUGGCAGCAGUUCUCGCGCCUACACAGUCGAGCAAAAAGCCGCCGUCAUCCGCGUCAAACGCUGCGGUCCCACCGACUUCUACGAGAUCCUAUCCGUCGAGAGAUCAGCCACCGACUCGGAGAUAAAAAAAGCAUAUCGCAAACUAUCAUUAUUAACACAUCCUGAUAAAAAUGGCUAUCCCGGCGCUGACGAAGCCUUCAAAAUGGUCAGCCGCGCAUUUCAAAUCCUGAGUGAUUCGGAAAAGAAGACGAAAUAUGAUCGUUUCGGCGGAGAUCCCGAGUCGCGGAUGGGAGGUGGGAGUGCUGCGAGUAGUGGAGCGAGUCCAUUCAGUGGUGGGGGAUUUGCACAACAACGGCGGGGGCCAAUGUUCGAAGAAGAAAUCAGUCCCGAAGAGCUCUUCCGACAAUUUUUCGGAGGAGGAGGAGGGUUCGGUGGUGGAGGAUUUGGUGGUCCGGGUUUCAUGUUUAAUGUUGGAGGUGGAGGGCCUGGGAUACGGGUACACCAAUUUGGAGGAAAUCGACCUAGGAGGCGACCGCACAAUCAUGACGGGGCGGAGCAACAACCGGCGAGCGUGAUGCAGGCGUUCCAGGGACUGCUGCCUUUGCUGUUGUUGUUUAUUCUUCCGCUUCUGUCUAGUGUCUUCUCUGGAUCUGGGACACCUGCGGGUCCGCAAAUGCGAUUUGAUGCUGCGGUACCACCACAUACGCAACUACAUACGAGUGGGAGUCUGAAAGUUCCCUACUGGGUAAAUCCCAACGAAGUGAAGGACUACACUGUAAAGAAAUGGAAGGAUUUGGAUAAAAAAGCCGAAGGGAAAUAUAUUGGACAUUUAUCUGCGGAGUGUGAAUGGGAACAAAAUCAGAGAAACCGGCUUGCCAAUGAGGCGAUGGGUUUCUUCUGGACAGACCACGAGGCACUGGAGAGGGCGAAGAAGAUGGAAAUGCCGAGCUGCAGGAAAUUGCAAGGCUAUGGAUACAGAUUACCAAGUAGUAGCCGCUACUAAACGCGAUGGAGCGUUGUAAAUAAUGGUGGAUGUACUGUGUGCAUUCCAGAGAGAAGGUGAAAUCCACUCGGUGCUGCGUUUAGCGUUUGUAUCAUGAUUGGCAGAUGGUGUCACAAAGUUUCAGUAGAUGAAUGACACG